UUCAGUUGAAUUUUGGACUCGACAGACUUCGGAUCGAAGCUCCGGCCGGGAUUUGCAGCUGGAUUUGGUUUUGUGUUUGGCCUGGGCAACUGGAAACUGGACUGCACGUUGUCACCUCGUUUCAUAAGCGUCGUUUUGCAAUUUCCCCUUCCCUCGUAAAAAGCAAACACAUAAUACAUAAAACGAUAUGAUGCUGCAACAUGUGAAGAUGCAUCUUCUGCUGCUCCUUUUGACCAUGGUGCACUGCAUCGCCGGCACGCCCAUCGCUCCUGCCACGCCCGACGGUGCCACGCCCAUCGACGCCCGUGUCUCGGCCGCUGAUUUUGGAGCCCAGGACGCCUUUGAUGCCGCCGACAGCUCUGUUGAAGCCACGCAAUCGCAGGCCAGUGAGGCCGGGUUCAAGAUUUCUUUGCUGCCGACUCCAGCGAAGACGGCCGAAUCGGUGAAUCUGGAGCAGGAGGCCAUUCCCUCGAAGGUGCUGAGCGUGUACGACAACAGCCAGAAGAAGCUGGCCGAUUUGACCCAGCCCAUUCCCAUUUUGGACUCGAUCAGUGAGCACGAAAAGUACGGCAACAAUGGCGACAUGUUCGACGGCAUCUCGCGAUCCAUUGUCAACGGUUACGAGGCCUUCUCCAACCUGCUGAACACCUUCAUUCAGAAACCCAAAGAGUUGGCGCGCAGCGUGACGAAGGGAAUUACCGCCCAAUUGGAUAUCAUCGGUGGCAAGUUGGUGGGCCUCUAACGGUAUUACACCACCCACUUGAACUGCUUUUUGUUUGUAAUUUAAAUAAAUACUUUAAUUUAUUUGUAACUUAACACGAACAUGUUGUGUAGGAAUGUAUUUCGAUA